AUGAUUGGCAAACGGAAAAGAGACACCGCCGUCAAAUCGAAGGCUCCAGAAGAGUCCAGUCCUCCGCCAGUGGACAAUGCGCAGGACGUGUUCCGCAAAUAUUUCGAAGCGCAGUUCAAGCCGCUGGAUUUACCCAGCGUUGAGACCGCCGACGAUGAAGAUUCCGAGGAUCUGAGCGAAGAGGACGAACUGGUCUCAGAAUCCGAAUGGAGUGGCCUUGAAGAUGGAGGCGACAAUGAGCCCAAAGUGCAAGUGGUGGAACACAAGAACGUCCGCCUAGACCCGGACGACAUCAUGGAUAAGAAAGCGCGCAAAGCGUUCAUGGUAUGCACUAAUUUUCUGUAUGAUCUGUCUUCUUUCUCCCCGCUAAUCCAUGCCUUAUCGCAGAAUGCCAAACCUCCAUCUUCAGCUUCGUCCACCUCCAAACCAGCUACAAUAACCAAAGAUGCCUCCGACUCAGACGACGACAAGGCCGGAGACGCCGAGAACCUCAAACACGACCUUGCACUCCAGCGGCUCCUCCGCGAAUCCCACCUCCUCGAAUCCGCAUCCGAUCUCGCUCCGACAGGGAAAAACCGACUCAAAGCGCUGGACCUGCGCAUGCAAGCUAUCGGCGCCAAGACAUCGCUUUAUAAACAGGAGAGAAUGCCUUCAUCACAUCGGCGAGGCAUUAAAGCCAAGGCAGCAACCAAGGAAGAAAAGCGAAGGCGUGAGGCAAAGGAGAAUGGUAUUAUUCUAGAGAAACCAGCGCCUAAAGCGUCAAAAAGCUCUUCGGGACGGAGGGAGCGUGGUGUUGGUGGCCCGACUAUUGGGAAAUUCGCGCAUGGAGCACUGAACCUUGGAAAACGAGAUUUAGAGGCUAUGCAAGGCCCGAAAAGACGGCCUGGGAAAGGGGGGAGAGGGGGCAGAGGAGGGAGAGGAGGUAAAAGUCGUCGGGGUGGUUCCAGGACUGCCUAG